AUUAAAAAGAAAGAAAGAAAAAGAACCCGACCCAAACAACCUAAAACGCAUUCCCAAUCCCAGGAAGCGGUGUGAGCUCUAAAACCCUACAUCUUUCCAUCAAGCCAAAAACCUCUCCAACCCGCAACCAAGAUGAAUUUCAAGAACGUCAAUGUCCCAAAGGUUCCUGGCGGUGGAGUUGCUGCUUUGCUCAAAGUCAGCAUUAUCGGUGGGCUUGUUGUGUAUGGGGCUACUAACAGCUUGUACAAUGUUGAGGGUGGUCAUCGUGCCAUUGUCUUCAACCGUAUUAUCGGUGUCAAAGAUAAGGUCUAUCCUGAAGGAACACAUAUCAUGAUUCCUUGGUUUGAGAGGCCUGUCAUUUAUGAUGUUCGUGCACGACCUCAUUUGGUCGAGAGUACUUCAGGAAGCCGCGAUCUCCAAAUGGUGAAAAUUGGACUUAGGGUCCUUACCCGUCCUCUACCAGACCAAUUGCCUACCGUUUAUCGUACUCUGGGUGAGAAUUAUAAUGAAAGGGUCCUACCUUCUAUUAUACAUGAAACUCUCAAAGCUGUUGUUGCACAGUAUAAUGCCAGUCAGCUCAUUACCCAGAGAGAGAAUGUUAGUCGAGAAAUAAGGAAGAUAUUGACUGAAAGGGCCUCCCAAUUUAAUAUUGCUUUGGAUGAUGUUUCAAUCACAAGUUUGACGUUUGGGAGGGAAUUUACAGCUGCAAUUGAAGCCAAGCAGGUUGCUGCUCAAGAAGCUGAGAGAGCUAAAUUUGUUGUAGAAAAAGCUGAACAAGACAAAAGAAGUGCUGUCAUUAGAGCACAGGGUGAAGCCAAGAGUGCCCAGUUGAUUGGUCAAGCGAUUGCCAAUAAUCCUGCAUUUAUCACCUUAAGGAGAAUUGAAGCUGCUAGGGAAAUUGCUCAUACAAUUUCAAAUUCUGCCAACAAGGUUUACUUGAAUUCGGAUGAUCUCCUAUUGAAUCUUCAGGGGUUGAAGUUGGAACCUGUUGGGAAGAGAUAGUUGUGAAGCUGAAUUCACUUGAAAACUUCAUCCUCUUUUUCGAGUAUCGUCAUUCGUUUUCACUUGUAUGCAUUCUGUCAACUGUUGACUGUUGAAAUAUGAGAUUCAGCUUUGCGAACUGAAAUGUUGACAAACUGAUUGUCAUUAAUGUUAGAUGAGGAAGGUUCAAUCAGGACCUUAACAAUUUGUUUUCAGAACUUCUGUUGUCGAAUCAUCUCCAUCUUUAUCGGAUAUUGAGUUAUUGUUAUUGAUUUA